AUGUCUAGCCCUGAAAUUAAUAAAGAAUUGGAAAAGUACGGCUUGAAACCGUUUAAAAGGAAAAGAGCGAUACAACUAUUAACUCACCUGUAUAACCAAACACACCCAAUAAUAGAGCAUUGUUCCGAGGAGCUUAUUCCAGCAAAGAAAUUAAAAAUCAGCUCUCCAAAGAAGAGAAUAAAAUCGCCAACAAAAAGCAGUAGUCCAAGAAAAAGUAAAAGACUUUUAAAUAUUGGAUUGAGUAAAGAAAAUGAAAUAUGUUAUGAAGAAACGAAAGAUGUGCCCGACAUAAAAGAAAUUGAAUGUAGUUCAGACGAUUGGGUGUUUCAGAAAAGAGAGAAAGCAAAGGUACACUCAUGCCGGGUCCCUCUACAUAUUGCUUUCCACAACUACGUCUCAUGCCGACGUGGUUUGCGGGAAGCGAUUCUCCGGUACGAGCCGGUCAAUAUAGACGUCAUUCACAAGGAUCUCGUCUCCUACGGCUACCGGUACAACCCAAAGGAUCUAUUGAGGUUUUUGGAUAAGAAGUGUAUUACUGUUAAAACUGCGGACAACAACGCAAGGAACUGUAGAAAA